AUGAGGAUUACUUACUUGCAGCUCGUCUGGUUGUUUACGGGUUUAUGGGGACCGGCCAUGGGGGCUUUCCCGAGCAGCGUUCAGAUUGGUGGGCUGUUCCUGAGGAACACAGAUCAGGAGUACACUGCGUUUCGUCUGGCCAUUUUUCUCCACAACACGAGUCCUAACGCUACAGAGGCUCCAUUUAAUCUUGUUCCUCACGUUGACAAUAUAGAGACAGCCAACAGCUUUGCCGUCACUAAUGCCUUCUGUUCUCAGUACUCGCGGGGUGUGUUUGCGAUUUUCGGGCUGUACGAUAAGCGCUCUGUACACACACUCACGUCAUUCUGCAGUGCUCUGCACAUCUCCCUCGUGACGCCCAGUUUUCCGUCUGAAGGAGAGAGUCAGUUUGUCCUGCAGCUCCGUCCCUCCAUCCGUGGCGCUCUCCUCAGCCUGCUCGACCACUACGACUGGAAUCGGUUUGUCUUCCUCUACGACACAGACAGGGGAUACGCGAUCCUCCAGGCCAUCAUGGAGCGAGCAGGGCAGAACAGUUGGCAGGUCAGCGCGAUCUGCGUGGAGAACUUUAAUGAUGCCAGUUACCGCCGACUUCUAGAAGACCUGGACCGAAGACAGGAGAAAAAAUUUGUUAUCGACCUAGAGGCAGAAAGACUCCAGAACAUUCUAGAGCAGAUCGUGAGUGUGGGAAAACAUGUCAAAGGCUACCAUUACAUCUUAGCGAACCUGGGUUUUAAGGACAUUUCCCUGGAGCGGUUUAUGCAUGGUGGUGCCAACGUGACUGGUUUUCAGUUGGUGGACUUCAGUAAACCAAUGGUGCUCAAACUGAUGCAACGCUGGAACAAACUGGACCAGAGGGAGUACCCUGGCUCUGAGAGUCCUCCCAAGUACACAUCCUCUCUGACAUAUGACGGUGUCCUGGUGAUGGCCGAGGCUUUCCGGAAUCUCCGCCGUCAGAAGAUCGAUAUUUCCCGUCGUGGGAAUGCUGGCGACUGCCUGGCCAAUCCUGCAGCUCCAUGGAACCAGGGGAUUGAUAUGGAACGUACUCUCAAACAGGUUCGUAUCCAGGGACUCACUGGGAACAUUCAGUUUGAUCACUAUGGACGCAGAGUCAACUACACCAUGGAUGUGUUUGAGUUAAAAAGCAACGGACCCCGCAAAAUCGGCUACUGGAACGACAUGGACAGGCUGGUACUGGUUCAGAACGAACUGUCACUGGGCAAUGACAGCUCAGGUCUGGAAAACAGGACAGUCAUCGUUACCACCAUCAUGGAGGGGCCAUAUGUGAUGCUGAAGAAGAGCUGGGAGCUGUAUGAGGGGAAUGAUCGCUAUGAGGGAUACUGUGUGGAUCUGGCCUCAGAGAUCGCUAAACACAUCGGCAUCAAGUACAAAAUCUCCAUCGUCCCUGACGGCAAGUACGGAGCCAGAGACCCAGAGACCAAGAUCUGGAACGGCAUGGUCGGGGAGCUGGUGUACGGGAAAGCGGAGAUCGCGGUAGCGCCAUUAACAAUAACACUGGUUCGGGAGGAGGUGAUUGAUUUUUCCAAACCCUUUAUGAGUUUGGGCAUCUCAAUCAUGAUUAAAAAACCUCAGAAGUCCAAACCGGGGGUCUUCUCCUUCCUGGACCCCCUGGCCUACGAGAUCUGGAUGUGUAUCGUGUUUGCCUAUAUCGGUGUGAGCGUGGUGCUUUUCCUCGUCAGCCGCUUCAGCCCAUACGAGUGGCACACGGAGGAGCCGGAAGAGGGCACCGACGGUGUGCCCAGUGACCAGCCCCCCAACGAGUUCGGCAUCUUCAACAGCCUGUGGUUCUCUCUGGGAGCCUUCAUGCAGCAGGGCUGUGACAUCUCACCCAGGUCUCUGUCUGGGCGGAUUGUUGGAGGGGUGUGGUGGUUUUUCACCCUCAUCAUCAUCUCGUCCUACACAGCCAACUUAGCUGCCUUCCUCACCGUGGAGAGGAUGGUCUCUCCCAUCGAGAGCGCCGAGGACCUGGCCAAGCAGACGGAGAUCGCCUACGGAACACUCGACUCUGGCUCCACCAAAGAGUUCUUCAGGAGGUCAAAGAUCGCUGUGUAUGAGAAGAUGUGGAGUUACAUGAAGUCAGCUGAGCCCACCGUUUUCACCAAGACCACGGCUGAGGGUGUGGCACGUGUGCGGAAAUCGAAAGGCAAAUACGCCUUUCUGCUGGAGUCCACAAUGAAUGAGUACACAGAGCAACGCAAGCCCUGCGACACAAUGAAAGUGGGAGGCAACUUGGACUCCAAAGGAUACGGAGUGGCCACGCCCAAAGGCUCACAGUUAAGAACGCCGGUUAACCUGGCCGUUUUGAAACUGAGUGAAGCAGGCGUCUUAGACAAACUGAAAAACAAAUGGUGGUACGAUAAAGGAGAAUGUGGACCAAAGGAUUCGGGAAGUAAGGAUAAGAGUUCUCAGGCCCUGAGUCUCAGUAACGUGGCAGGGGUCUUCUACAUCCUGGUGGGGGGGCUGGGUUUGGCCAUGCUCGUCGCCCUCGUAGAGUUCUGUUACAAGUCUCGAGCGGAGGCCAAGCGAUUGAAGCUCACCUUCACUGAAGCCAUGCGAAACAAGGCCCGGCUGUCAAUCACGGGCAGCGUAGGGGAGAAUGGGCGUGUCCUAACCCCUGACUGCCCCAAGGCAGUCCUCUCUGGCCCCUCCCUCCGACAUGGUUCUGGAUUGGCGGUGGUCUCCUCGGAACUCCCAUGA